CAUAUUUGGAAACUGAUAAGUUGUUGAAAACAUAUUGAGCAAAGCCGAGGGCGGGGUUAUCGCCUCAUCAACUCUGACCAACCUAAACUUGGGGCCAGCUAGAGGGUCAGAGCAGUCAGUCAGAAACAGUACGCUGAGUGGCACACACAUUUAAGCAUUUAACGCAUUAACAUCCGCCAAGAUGGGUGAUGAUCUCCAGAAGAUGCUCCAUGAGAACAUUUGGGAUUCCGAUCCUGAACUGUUUGAACUAAUGAAGAAAGAGAAGCAGAGACAAAUGAGUGGUUUGGAGAUGAUUGCAUCAGAAAACUUCACCUCCCUAUCAGUAUUGCAGUGCCUCUCAUCAUGUCUGCACAAUAAGUACUCAGAAGGCCUGCCAGGUCAAAGGUACUAUGGUGGUAAUGAAUUCAUUGACCAGGUUGAGCUCCUUGCUCAGAAACGCUGCCUUGAAGCCUACAGGCUCGACCCCAAUGAGUGGGGAGUCAAUGUUCAACCAUACUCAGGAUCUCCUGCCAAUUUUGCUGUAUAUACAGCACUUGUUCCACCUCACAGCCGUAUUAUGGGUUUGGAUUUACCGGAUGGUGGCCACUUAACCCAUGGAUACUUCAAUCAAAACAAGAAAAUAUCGGCAACUUCUAUUUAUUUUGAGUCAAUGCCCUACAAAGUAAAUCCUGAAAGUGGUUUGAUCGACUAUGACAAGCUAGAUGAAACCGCUAAGCUUUUCAAGCCUCAAGUCAUUAUCGCUGGAAUUAGCUGCUAUUCCAGAUGUCUGGACUACAAACGUUUCCGUGAAAUUGCUGAUCAAAAUGGCGCUUAUCUCUUUGCUGAUAUGGCUCAUGUCAGUGGCUUGGUUGCUGCUGGUAUCAUCCCGUCUCCUUUCGAAUACAGUGAUGUUGUUUCAACUACAACUCACAAAACUCUCCGUGGGCCUAGAGCUGGUAUCAUAUUUUUCCGCAAAGGAGUUCGCAACAUUGGAAAGAAUGGUGAGAAGAUAAUGUGGGACCUGGAAGCUCGUGUCAACACUGCAGUUUUUCCCACACUGCAGGGAGGUCCUCACAACCAUCAGGUAGCCGGUAUAGCAACUGCAAUGAAGCAAGCUAAGACACCAGAGUUCAAAAAGUACCAAGAGCAGGUAGUAAAGAAUGCCAAAACUUUGUGUGCGGGACUUCAAAAAGCAGGCUAUAAUAUUGCAACUGGUGGUACUGAUGUUCAUCUCGUGUUAGUAGAUUUGAGAAACAUUGGUUUAUCUGGUGCCAAAGCUGAGUUUGUCCUGGAAGAAAUGCACAUAGCCUGCAACAAAAACACAGUUCCUGGUGACAAGAGUGCUUUUAAUCCUAGUGGUAUCAGACUGGGCACACCUGCUUUGACCACCAGGGGUUUUGUUGAGAAAGAUAUUGAAAAAGUUGUUGACUUCAUUGAUAGAGGUUUGAAGUUGGGUUUGGAGGUUGCCAAAGCAUCAGGACCCAAGCUAGUUGAUUACAAGAAAGAGAUGACUGAAAACACUGCUUUCUCAUCCAAAAUUGAGAAGCUGAGACAAGAAGUGCACGAGUUUUCCCGCAAGUUCUCCCUUCCAGGCUUGAAAGACUUCUAAGAAUUACGCCACUGCUAUUGUCUUACUCAUCACUUGUUAUUGAAGACACACAUUCCACUCUUCUCUAAUGUUAGUUAGGAAUAAUUUUUUAUUAUGAACAGUUUAAGUUAUGAAAUGUACCUGUGUCGCUGCCUUAAAACCAGCAAUUUUUAAAAAAUUACAAUGUAAUCAUUUUAAAAAAUUAAAUUUAUUUUGAGUAAAAAAUUAA